AUGUUCCCUCUCAAGUACACCAUCGCCGUUCUCGUGGGGGUAUAUAUUUUGAUCGUCCGUUCUCUCCGUUACCGACGAUGCAAGUCUAUUCAAUCAAAAUUCAGUUCUCGUCCGCUGUCCAGCAUGACAGCAAAAGAAGCACAUGGCAUAUUCAGAGAAUUACGAGAAUUGGAAUUUCCAUACAGUCUGCAUAAUUCGAUGGGCAUUGCCCUGCUAAAGACUUCUGCAAUUCCCACCAUCGCAAAAUUACUAUCCGCAACAGGCCAACUGAGUGAAAAGAAUGCCUCGAAACGCGGGGCGGAUACGGAAAUCAUCCUGAUGGAAGCCCAUGAUCGCGAACCUGGAUCAGACAGCCAUCUCAACGCCAUCGCACGGAUGAACUAUCUCCAUGCUCGAUAUCGCAAAGCAGGAAAGAUUCUCGAUGAGGAUAUGCUCCACACCCUUGGCUCACCGGUGGUGGAGAUAAUCCGCGCAGUGAAUGAUAAUGAAUGGCGAACUCUUUCAGAAGUCGAGAUUUGCGCCGUUGGUGUUUUCCAUAAAUGUCUCGGAGAAGCGAUGGAGAUACCAUUUACUCUUCUUCCCUCGAGUAAGACUGGCUGGAAAGAUGGAGCACACUUUGCGCGUGAAUUGUACGACUGGACUUUGGAGUAUGAACAUGCCGUUGCCAAUCCGACGCAUUCGACUGUCACUCUGGGAAGGCGAUUCCUGGAUAUUCCCAUGUUCAAUGUCCCUACAUUUCUACGGCCAGUGGCUGAGGGCAUCGUUGGGACUAAACUGGAUAGACAUAUGAGAGUUUCCAUGGGAUUCCCCGAUCCAGGAUAUGCAAUCCAAGGAUUGGCGAUGACAAUCAAAAUCAUCCGCCCAUUUAUCCUUCGCCAUUUCAGUGUGCCCAGACCAGAGUUUAUGGCCGUCCAUGCCCUUAAUGAAUCGCCAGAUCCAGUGUCAGGCAUGUAUACAAUCAACUUCUACACGGCCCAUCCAUGGUAUGUGAAGCCAACUGCCAAGCAUCGAUGGGGUUUGAGAUCGUGGUUUAUACGACUCUUUGGAAGUGGAAUCGUUCCUGGGACUAGCUCUGGCUUGUAUCGUGAGUCUGGAUAUGACCUGAAGAGUAUUGGGCCUGCUGCUCAGGAGAAGAAGGGUGCGGCUGAGAUGGAGGAGACCGUGGAGAGGCUGAGAAAGGGAAACUAUGCUUCUGCGUGCCCGUUUGCUGUUUAA